GGAGAUUGGCAGCAGUGGGAUGGCGGAGAGUUGAGGUUGGGGGAUAGAUUGGGGGUGGGUGAUGGGUUGGUCAUGGGUAACACUGUGUGGUGAUGGGUGAUGGAGAGUUGUGAUGGGUAGCAAUGGGUUGGAGAUGUGUUGGGGAUGGGUGAUGGGUUGGCCAUGGGUUGGCCAUGGGUCAGCCAUAGGAUGGCCAUGGGAUGGCCAUGGGUUGGCCAUGGGUUGGCUAUGGGUUGGCCAUAGGAUGGCCAUGGGUUGGCCAUGGGUUGGCUAUGGGUAGCACGACCAUUGAGUGGUGAUGGGUGGUGGAGAGUGGAGAUUGGCAGCAGUGGGUUGGUGGUGGGUUUGUGAUUGAAGGGAUCAGGUUGGGGAUGGGUGGCAUUGAGUGCUGAUGGAUUAACGGUGGGUCUGUGACGAGUGAUGAUCGGUGUGGGGAGUUGUGAUUGGCAGCAACGGGGUUGUGAUGACUUUGUGAUUGGUGGUGGGCUGGCCAUUGGUGGCAAUGAGUGGUGAUGUGCUGGGGAUGAUGAUGGCUGCCUGUAGUACCAUGAGUCUUCCCAGAUGUGGAGCAGAAGGGGCAAAAAGAAAGGUGAUAGCUUGUUUGGGAAUGGCUUCCUCUGGAUGAAAACUUCAUAACCAUCCCUGGAUAAAAAUCUCCGUAUCUGCAGCACCCACAGCUUCUUGCGGGGAAGGUGAUCCAAAACAGUUCAUUUCAAGUUCACUGACACUGAGACUGUGCCAGGGAGCUGCUGGGUUAAGGUUCAGAGGGGAAGGAACCUGUUUGUGCCCAUGUGAGGAGCAGCACUGAGCGGAGCUGGGGCCAGACCUGUGGCUUCUGACCAGGCUGCGAUAUGAGCAUGACUCCCGAGCAACAGCGAGUCGGCACCACGAGCCUGGCCAGCACAUGAUGCUUUCUGCUCAAAACAAUGGUGUUGCAAGGCACAGCUUUAAAAACCUGUUGGGAAAUAGUCCUGUGGGUGGCGGGGAAAGGAAUAGCCUUCAUCCAGUGAUGCUUGAAAGCAAAAAAGUCCCCCUCCCGGCUUCUGCUCUGGUUUCGGCUCAGUGUGAAAACAAACCCUGUUUUUUCAGUUCAUUUCCAAACUUAGCUAGCCCCAAGGCCCUGCGGGCAGAUAAAGGCAGGUUUAUUCCUUCCCCCUGUUUAUGGCUCUGCUGGAACAUGCUGCUUCUGUGAACAUGACACCAAGGGAGCGAGGGGAAGGCUCAGCUUCACUCUCACCCACAUCUGCCCAUCUCAGCUCAGUGUCUCAGUGCAGGACCCGCUCCUGGUCCUGGUUCCUGUGCCGCCGGUGUGGGAAUGUCACCGACUGGGAGACAUCCUUUGCACUUCCUUGGCCACGUAGGCAGUGUUUGGUCCCAUCCCAGCCCCAGGGCUCAUGUUGCAGCAGAGCCAUGGGCUCGGGCUCUCACCAGCGCCAUGCAGGCAGCACAUUGCUCCUGGGGCUGUUGCAAUGGCACGAGGCUGAGAGCUGUGUUUGCUUUGCUGGAACAGCAUAUCGCUGCUGACCGAGCUCUGCUUGCAUCAUCUCGAUGGGGACAGGAGGGUGGUGCCCAGCCCCCACCCACAGAGCCAGGGGACAGGAGUGGGGAGAGAAGGGGAUGAGGAGGGAUGGAGGCUGCUGGCCCCAGGGUUGCGUUGGUCCAAGCAGGGAUGGCAUGGAGGCUUUCGUGGCUCUUUGUGAAGGCAGCCAGACUCACCCAUACAGUGCUGGUGAGGGGAGGGAUGCUGGAGAACUUUGGGGCUUCCAGCAGCACCACUGGGGUUCUCCAUUAGCACCAGUGGGGCCCUCCAUCCACCCCAGUGGGGUGCUGCAGUGUGGGAGGACUUGGACUAAAUGAUCCUGCAGGUCGUUUCCAACCUUGUGAUUCUAUGAUUCUGCGAUUCUAUGACUAUAUGAGUCAUAUGCUAUGACUUCAUGGUCCCCAAACUCAGCCCUGAGGUUGGGGAGCAGUGGGUCAGGGACACCCUGAGAAGUGCUGGGCCCUGAGAGAGGGCAGAGAAGGUAAUCAGAGAUAUGGUCAGGAAAUAACAAACGUGAGUCAGCCCAGAAGCACGCGGGCAAGGGCAGUUUGGGGAAGCUAAUCUGCAAGGAGAUAACUGAGGAAAUCAGGGAACAGCUCAUCAGAGAACAACAGCAUGCGGAGUUGCAGCACCCGCCGUGGUUCCUGUGCAUCACACCCCAGGGCAGCGUGGGCUGGAGCACAGCAGCACCAGCCUUGGGGCUACAGGACACGGAGGAUCCCGUCGCCCCCCAGACCCUGCCCUGGGCACUGAUCCCCUCGCAGACAGGGUGAGCCAGCCUGCUUUUAGUCCAGUGGAGAUUAAGCUCUCCGGGGCCUAAUGGCAAUUCUUUUGGCAAGCGUUCAGCGAGCCUUAAUCCAUCUGAUCUCUGCUCUGAAAGGAUGAAUUAGGCGCCUCUUGGAGCACCAUGGGGAGCCCUGGCGAGGCGCAAGCUGCUGCGGGCUCCCUGGGGAUGCCCUACAUACAGCAACAAAGUGGUGGGGCACCUUUCCGCCUGGUGCUGCAUCGCUGGGAGUCCUGGCUGGAGUGAUGAGAGCAGUGAUUUCGGGGCUCCACACCGGCAGCAGUGCCUGCCCACUCCUUUGGCUCACUCUGAUGCCCAGCGAUGUCCCUGGUCCCCAUCUCAGGACUCCUGAGCACAUCCCCGUGCGGUGCCACAACCCCAGCGCUUCUCCCACGCCAGGCACAGAUUCCUCCACCCUGCCUAUCUGCAAACCCGUCCUGACAGCACUAAUAAUAACUGCACUAAUUGCUCAGCUCUCCCAUCUCUGCCUGAUCCGUUUGGUCAGGUUUGGGGCUCGCUGUCGCAGUAACAUCAAUGAGGGUUGGCAUUUUCCUCCCCGCCGCCGUCUGACACCUGCAGCAGUGUCUGGGACAUGGGGCUCCGCAGUGCCACAGCCAAGGGCGCCAUGGAUUGACCCAGGACAGGUGCCCACUGAACACACCGAGCCCUCCCCGCGAGCUCCCAGGCCGUGUCCUGGCUGGGCUGCCUCCCAGAGCCACUCAUCAUGCGACACCUGGCCUUCUCAGUGGCCAUCCGUGCCAAAGCAGAGAGCAGGAGCUGGAAAUUCCCCAUUCCUCUGGAUCAAAGCCAUGUUGGCUGCAGGCAUUAGGGGGCUUUGCUUGUUUCCAGCCCUGGUGCUCCUCGGGGACAGAUGGCCCGGGGGCUCGCCGGGCUCCUGCAUCAGCACCAGAACGGUGCUCACCUGGUUCUGUAAUGGAGCCUUGAAUUGUGGGGACGGAUCAGUGGGGACAGUGGGGACAGGUUGGUACAACGUGAGAGGACACUGGGGAAGGUCCCACGGCUGUGGCAGCCCCAGGGGUGCAUCGUGGCACAGGUGGCAGUGGUCCCACCAUGAGCACCCAUGGCUGCCGGGUGCCCCUGCAGGAGAAAUGCUGUGGGGCCGUGGCUCAGCCCCUCUGCUGUCCCCACUCCCAGCCCCAGCUCUGUUCGCUUUGCCCCGAGCAUGCCUCAUCCCAUGAGUCCUCUUCAUUUAGAAGAGCAAAUUUGGAAGAGGAACUGAAUGAAGGCGCUGAGCAAGAAUUAACUGAGAAGCAGAGAACAGAGCCGUCCGUUUGCGAGGUGGGCACGAAGCCCUGCAGGAGCAGCCCAGCACUGCUGCAGCCGUGCGCCCCGGUUGUUCACCUCGCCUCUCCCCACCUCAGCUCUGACCACUGGCUGCCCUCGGGUCCGUUCACGCCCUGCAGACCCCCGCACACAUUGCAUCACUGGCUGAACACAGUUGCACGCCAUCCCCAAAGCGACAUGCAGCUAAAAAUGGGUAGAAAGUUUGAUCUGAGCCCGCGCCAAGAUUAAUUUUUAAUUGCUUCUAAUUUCAGUCCAGCCUGACAGGAAGGUCGGGAGGCAGCUGUGGGGCGGGUUACCUGCGGGCAGCGCUCUGGCUGUGUACUUUUGGGAUCUGAGGCUGGGCCAGCAGCGCUCAGAAUCGGCCCCAUAGCAC